CGCGCAGACUCCGCCGUCGCCGCGCGCAGUCUCAGUGAUGCAACGCGCCCCCGUCUGGCCCCGCCCAGGGCCUCCCAGACGUGCUGCGCGCCGACCCUCAGUUCGCGCCGCGUACCGUUGUCUGACCUCAGCCGCCGCCGCCGCCGGUGACAUGCUGCAAAAGCCGAGGAGCCGGGGCCGCCCUAGCGCCAAGGCCGAGAGGGAAAGGGACUGGGGCCGCGGCGUCGCCGAGGAGGCCCCGAGCACCUCUCGCGAGGCGGGCGGCUCGCAGGAGGCCCGCCGCACGCCGUCGCGGGGCGCCCCCCGGGCCGAGCCCUCCCCCGAGGUGGGGCCCCGGUCCCAACAGCAGCUGGAGCUGAAGGUGGCCGAGCUGGUGCAGUUCUUGCUGAUCAAGGACCAGAAGAAGAUCCCGAUCAAGCGCGCCGACAUCCUGAAGCACGUCAUCGGGGACUACAAGGACAUCUUCCAGGACCUCCUCACCCUGGCCGCCGAACGCCUCGAGUACGUCUUCGGGUACAAGCUGGUGGAGCUGGAACCCAAGAGCAACACCUACAUCCUGAUCAACACCCUGGAGCCUGUGGAGGAGGAUGCGGAGGUGAGAGGCGACCAGGGCACGCCCACCACCGGCCUCCUGAUGAUUGUGUUGGGGCUCAUCUUUAUGAAGGGCAACGCCAUCAAGGAGACCGAAGUCUGGGACUUCCUGCGUCGCCUGGGGGUGUAUCCCACAAAGAAGCAUUUAGUUUUUGGGGAUCCCAAGAAACUCAUUACCGAAGAGUUUGUGCGGCAGCGUUACCUGGAGUACCGGCGGAUACCCCACACCGACCCCGUAGACUACGAACUGCAGUGGGGCCCGCGAACCAACCUGGAAACCAGCAAGAUGAAAGUUCUGAAGUUUGUGGCCAAAGUUCAUAAUCAAGACCCCAAGGACUGGCCCGUGCAGUACUGUGAGGCCCUAGCAGAUGAGGAGGCCAGGGCCAGACCUGAGACCGGCGGUCCAGCCGCCUCCUCUUGAAAUCAGAGUCCCGGGAACUUUGGGGGAAGGGUCAAGGCAGUGGUCCAGAGGGGUGGGGGUGGGAGCAAGCGUAUUUCUGUAACGCUUAAACGUGUGUAACUUUAGAUUGUGCUUGCAAACUUGUUCUUUUAGUAUUACCUGUUAUCUGGUUCCAAAUUUUCAUUUAUAAAAAUGUUAGGAGGGCUUACUUUGUUUUACUGUCUUUUUUUUUUUUGGUAUAAAAAUUCUGCUAGCUUUAUACAACCAAUUGGAGAACUUAAAACUAUGAUGUGAAACAGGUAUUUAAGAACAUCAGUAAAUUGCUUUGAUACCAAGAAAAAAGUGAAGUGACUAUCACCUGGCCUCAGCUACCCCAGUUUGUAAGGAAAAACAAAUGUCUUUGUAAAUUAAAAAUAAAAAUGUAAUUGCCUAUAAGCUUUUUUAUAUUGCAGCUGUUUUAUAUUUAUAUAUUUUUUACCUGUGUAAGUGUUACACAUCGUUCUAAGCAAUGUACAUGUUGUAUUUUCUCUGAAUUGACAAUUUUUUUUACAUUCGUAGUUAAUCAGCUCUGUGGCUGAUUGUUUAGUUACAUUUAGUUUUUUUUUUCUUUUUUGCUACUGUAGUUAUAAUAAAUACUGUGUCUUUGAAACAGUCAA